CUCAUGUUACGAAAACACUGUUAGGUUCUCAUAGACGUCUCUGAAAAUUUUAUAUUUUUUUAUGACACUGAAAGUUGUUCUAACAGUUUUUCCUACGAAAAAAUGUCCUUUAUGGCACUAGUUUGGUAUUUGACAAGCAAUACAUAUUCAUCCGCUUCUACAUGAGUGUCAAGAGCACCGAAGUACCCGGAUAGACUGUCAUGGCCGCCGUCGCUGUGGUUCCAUAGAGAGGAGAGAAGGAAGGCAAAUGUUUCUGCUGUGUGUGUAUUCUGACUCAACCUUCUUUUUGCAGUGUCGGACGUUGAUGGCACGGCGCCGGAACUUCCAUCGAGUUCAUAGUACCCUGACCACACUAUAUGCUCCUCUUCAGACAUGACAUGCAUUAAUGUUUGAGUUUUUCCUAAAGGAGCACAGACAUCUGCAGGUAUACAGCUAUGGAAGAAGACCUCACAGUACCUCCUGACUCUGCCAAAAACUGCAACAUAACAGAGGAUGAAAAAGAAAAGGUAAAAGACUUUGUGUAUAAGCACCUCAGAGAUGUGACAGAUGGGUCACUGUUCAAAAAUGCAGAAGAUUCUUCCAUUAAGGAACAUGGGAGUUCCACUAAGAAAGAUAAAGUCUCUCUCAAUAAAACUCACUGUAAAAUUCAGCAGGGGGCUGUUUUCUCUGGAAAAAUUCUGAGUUUUGAAUGCUCAGUAUGCAAAGAUGAUUACACAUAUAGCCCCAAUGAUCUCCUCAAACAUUUUCGAGCGACUCAUAAGGAAACCCUUCCUACGUACCCUUGUGACCUAUGUGGUUUUGUCACAAAUGAGUUCCCUGCUCUUCAGCGCCAUCGGAUUGAACACCGGAACACUCUGGUUACAUGUGAGCUCUGCAACGAUGAUGUUCAGUACUCUCUGCUUUUGCUUACAAGACACUACAUCAUGUGCCACAGUCUAAAUGGACAGUUUAACUGUGACUGGUGUGAGUUUACAACUAUGGAUGCAGGUACAUUUGUCCAACACAUUCAUCAUCACAAUGAGAGUCCUUGGAAGUGUUCAAAAUGCAGACACAUCAGCUUGAAUGAAGAGGAUUACCAGAAACAUAUGAACGCUCAUUCGGGUUCAUUCCCGUUUACUUGUCAGAUUUGUGGAUAUGGUGCAGCGAGAAGCGAGUACCUUAUGAAGCACAUGGCAGCUGUUCACAAAGAGGAGGCGGAGAGAAGGAAUGUAUGGAACGCUGUAGAAGACAACAACACUCCAGCAAAUUCAUCUGCAAGCUUAAAACUUUUGCUCAAGAAGAGUGGCGAAUCACAGGAGGCUCAGAGGAUAUCAAAACUGAACUGUCUUUCUGGGACCCAAAACGGCAGGCUAAUCAAACCAGAGAUAUCCUUAGAGGAGACCCACCACUUUGUGGAUGGGGCUGUGGCAAAAAAGGACAAUAAAAAUUGGAGCAAAGGUUCUCAUAACACAGAACAGUCUAUGUCGGUAAUGUUACAGGAGUGUGACGGCUCUGCAAGUUCAGAUGCUUCAAGUCAUACCAGUCCUAAUGGACUGACUGUUCUGAUGGUUAAAAACAAAAUAUCUCUUCCCCCCAAUUGCACAACAAAAGUGAUGGGAUUCAAGAUGGUUGAUGGCAAAAAGCAUUUAGUUCUCAAAGUAAUACCAUCAGCAAAGCAAGACUCAUCCAUUCAGAACCACUCAGUUGAAGAUGUGGACUCUGCAACAUCAGUUGCUCCUCAACUGGAUCGAAAUAAAGAAACUGUUGAGAAUGGGGAAUGCUCCAGUAGCAAGAACUCAAUGUCACAUUGCUUUUCUGUUUCACCAAGAAGUGGAUCAUGCUUACAGAUGGAUCAAGAUGAUAUCAUGACAGUCAAAGUAAAGAUUGAAGAGGAAGAAACCUCUGUUUGCAACCUUGAUUCCAGCCCACAUAGAGAUAAUGUUGAAGAAGAAACUCAGAAUUUGCUAAAUAGGCCUUUGACUUGUGCAGAUAUAUUAUAUCCCAUGGCCAAUGAGUUUGAUCAUGUGGGUGACCAAAUUCAACCAAGUCACACAACCUGCUCAGAGAGAAAUCAGUUUGAUAGUAACUCAGUCUCAGCAAUGUUUAAUUCUGAUGAAGCUGGCCAUAGUGGGUCAGAAAUCAGCGAUACUUCAAGAGUGUGUGCUAGUGAAGUCACUGGUUCAUCUUCACCUUCAGAAAUUGUUCAAGAAACAUUGCUUUCCAAACAAAUCUCCCAAAAAAGCAUUGAAAACUGUGGGGCUGCAUUUGAGUCAGUAACUGAUACAGCAGCAGACAAACUUAACGAUGAACACAAAUGGAACUCUACCUUUCACACUAUAGAAAAUGAUGAACAAUCAAUGAGUACUCCAAAAAAGGACAACCUUGAUAGGAUCGGAACUGAGAUUAAACAUAAAAAUGGCCAGCAACAUUUUCAAAAUCUUUUGACAAAUACAGUACCUCAAUCAGAGACACCCCUACCCACACCCAGUUGUCAGAGAGAAAGUGGUAUGGGCACACAAAAUUCACCAAGCCAAGAGGUUUUUCAUUUUCACAAUUAUUCCAAGGAAAAAUUCAAUACUUCACCUACCUCUACUCAAAACUCUGACAGUACAAACAAAGUAAGCAUUUACGAACCAUCGCAGUUUCACUUGACAGUGGCAGAGUCUCCAGAAAAGUCCACAGAAAAUAGCAAUGGAUUAGGGUUAAGUCAAGAAAGGAACUGGGAGGACAUGAAGAAAGUGUCAGAUAGUGAUGUUGAAGUUGAUGAGAGCAUAGCUGAUGAUCCUCCCACUGAAGAUGAAAAUCCUGAGUCGGUACUCCAAGACUUUAAUAUUAUUAAAAUUGAGGAGGAGAGCAUACCUAUAUCCAAAAAACAAUCAGAAACAAAGAGUAGUUCAACAUUGUUGGGUAGUUUUGUUGAGAAACAUUCAGAUGCAAUCAUAACCCAGCAACUUAAUAAGGAAAGAGUUGGACCUUCAAGUGCAACCAAUGAUACUUUAAAACAAACAAAAACAACUGUACGAAUUCUUCAGUUACCAGAGGGGAAGCAGCCAGUGCUCCUGAGGACUUCUGAGAAUCGAUUUGCCAUGCCAGUGCAGGUCAAGGCCACUCCAGGUUUCAAAUUGAUAACCAGUUCAGCAAAUCCUCAGAUCAAUGUAUCUUACAUGAAGUCAGGGUUAGAGAGAUCAAGUAAACCUACCGGUGUAAGCCUUACUCCAAACAGCAGGAGAUUAGGUGCAUCUGCUCCAAAGGCAGGAGCAGUGGAAAAAGGGACAGCACUUCUCUCUGCUGUUCAGCCAGGUGUAAGCACCACAUCAAAUCACUACUUUAUCAAUAGCCCAGGUUUUAAAGGUCCUGUUUUCCUUUCAAGUACACCACAUAAUACACCACAUAAUACACCUACAGACAAAAUGGCAAAGACACAGCCAACUUGCUACUUAGUACAGAGGUCUGUUCCAUUUGUUCAGACCCCCAGUACUCCUGGCCUCAGACUAGCAAGUACACAGCUCCCACUGAAUUCACGACCAGUUCUAGCAAUGCCUGUGAACUCUGCAGAGAAACCUAGCACUCUGCAGAGUGGUCGGCAGGCAUUCUUGCUCCGAUACAUUUCUCCUCCCAAGUCAGGCCUACUAUUGAACAACCAAGAUGCAAAAACCGGCCAGUGUAACCAAACCAGUGAAAGUACUGGAAACAAGGUCAUAUUUAAAAUCGUCACUCCUACAGGGAGCCUUCUUUCAAGUGGAACUCCCACUUCAAGUAGUCAGCCUUUGUUUUUGGCCACCAGACCUCAGACCCAGUGUUUUUUGGUGUCAUCAAACAAAACUAAUGCAAAUUCCUCCAAUGGAGUAAAGAAACUGAUCACCAUACAAAAUACCACUCAGAAAGAUGUCAAGGAAUCACCCCCUCAGAUGAACUUAAGGACACCAUCAUGUGAAGCAGAGAAACCUGUCUUAGCCCCAAGGCCAAUUCGGCCACCAAGCCAAAGGAAAAGGCGCAGGAAACGAUUAUUUGAUGAGCUUCCAGCAACAGUCCAUAAAGCUAGAAGACUCACAAAUAAAGCACUGACUGAGAGAGAGACUACUGUGUUAUGGAAGCCUGUGGCCAAAGAUGUUGAGAGGACAUUGAGACUUGUCCCAUUCAGUUCUCUACAGCAGGUCAGAUGCCCUCGUAGAUACCAACCUGUUGUGGUGCUCAAUCAUCCAGAUGCUGACAUUCCCGAAGUGGCCAAUAUCAUGAAGGUAGUUAACAGAUAUAAAGGUGCUGUUACUAAGGUCUCUCUGUCUCAGAAAACAGUCCAAGCACUCUCUGAGCUUGGUGCUUUAGGGAAGAAUUCCUUGACCAAAGGUGCAUCGUCUCAAAGCGAUCAUCCAAGACCUCGACCAGUUCAGAGUUCUGUCCGAGAACGAUUCCUCUUGAAGCUUAAGUUAAGAAAAAAAAGCAAAAAAAAGUAUGAGGUAGUGGAAACUUUAUCAGGUUGUGUACAGGACCCUGUGGUGUUUGAUUGCUGGUUUUGUGGCCGGCUCUUCAACAGCCAAGAAGAUUGGAUUGGCCAUGGCCAGCGGCACCUCAUGGAGGCAACUAGAGACUGGAAUAAACUGUUCUGAGUUUUCCAUCACCUUUUAAAUGGGCUGAUAAUCUGUCCUUUUGAGGUGGAGCAAACGGUUGAAGUUGUAUAUUUUUAAAGACCUUCCACUAUAUGUUUUCUCAGUUCUAUUCCUGUAAAUAUGUAUUCUUAAGUGGUUUUAUCUUUUCAUAGGUGCUUAUUCUGGUAAAAUAUGUACAGCAGCUAUGAUUUAUAUCAUGCACACACAGGUCAUAUUGAACUGUGAAAAUGGUACACUGUAAUUAGGAGUUGUAAGAGGACUAGCUCAAAAAAGGGGACAAUGUCAGCAACGGUUGUUUGCAGAGUUGGUUUAAAUUACUCAGGUGACUUCAUAUUAAUCUGGUUUGUCAUUUUUGCUCAUAAAUUCAAGAAAAGCAUAGGCCUAUUUUAAGGGACUUUUGUAUCUUCUUUUAUUGUUCUGCACGUGAGAACAGGAAACUAUUUGUAUAGCUUAAAUGAAGCUUGUUGACAAACUAAAUUUUUGCGCUUGUGAUGAAAACAUGUUCUGGUCCAAAUUAUUCCUUUUUGUAUGAUGUUUUAAGUGAACAGGAUAAUAUUUUACACUAUUCUAUUGUCAGGAUUAGUUUACAGUUUCCUUUUCAGGAUCUUGUCAACCUGUAGCACGUGUUUGUCAUAACUAGAGCUGAGCUUUUUCACUGCAAUCUCUUUAGUCUGCCGAGUGUUGCAGAUGGACAGUUUUAUAAAAUACUUUUGCAGAAAAGAGAAAUCUGUUAAACAGGGAUGUUGUCAUGGCUCUCUGUCGAUACUUGAGAAACACAAAUCAGCCCAUUGUACACCCUAUGCAGUUUCAAUGCAACAAUAUUUUGGUUUGUUGCUUGUGCUCAUGUUGUGAAUCAUGUGAAUCCACAUUUGAUUUCUGAAUUUACUGAUAAAUUGUAAAGAUCCCAUAAUUUACAUUCACAUUGUGUGUUUUUUGUUUUGUUUUGUUUUGUUAUUCUUUCUUUUUUCCAACGAAGAUGCUGGUUUAGGAUAUUGACAUCAGCACAUUAAAAUGAAAAUCUGUCAAAAUCUUGUCACAGGGCUCAACAAGAAGAUUUCACGCCUACUUCCAAAACUUAUAGAUGCCAGAGUUAAGUAAAAUUUGUCUAAAAUCUGUUGAUCGCCGCUAAUUGGAAUUGUAAAGGUUGUAAUUAUACACCAUGUGCCAAUAAUAAAUGAUAUCAAUAAUAUAUAACAUUAAUAACCUGGACUGGAAUUAAUCAGUAUUUUCUCUCAGUAAAUCUGCAGAUUAACUUUUUGAUUAACACUUAAUUGUCAGAAUAUUAGUAUUGUCAAUAUUUUGACAAUUAAGACCAAGGUGAAGUCAUCAAGUAUCUUAUUGUGUUUUAUCACACAGUCCAACUCCCAGAGAUAUUCAUUAAAUUAUCGCAACAUACAAAAAUCAGUAAAACAUCACAAUUUAGAAUUUGGAAUGAGACAGUUUGCAUUUUUGCUUGAAAAAAUUAAAAUUAAUUGAUUUCCAAAUAUUGGCAGAUAAUUUUCUGUUGGUCGACUGAGUAAUCCACAGCUAAUCAACAGUUCUAGAUUAAAAAAUAUUGUGUAAAUCCUAAAAUUAAAAACUAAUAUUAAAAUAAUAAUAAAAAAUAAUUAAAAUAAUGGCUUAGUCUCAAGCAAUAAUGUCGACCCUGUGUUAUUGUACAACACUGUACAAAAUAACUCGAUUUUAACUACUUGGAACACUUCCACAGCACUUUCUUUCCACUUGAACCUGUAUUACUGCUGCUACUGAUGAGAAUGAGGAUAAAGGUAGUUGUUACAAUGGGAGGGGUUGGCUGGAUCACAAAUCCCAAAUCUUUUAGUGGAAGUACAAAAUGCCACAAAGAUAAAUUUUGUUUAUUUCUGUACAGACGUAGAUUAUUAUAUAUAUAAAAAAUAUGAAAACAGCAUUCUUUUUGACAUACAUUUACUGUAGAUCAAAGUGCACCCAAAGACGGCAGAUAAAAACACAGAAAUACAUUUUCAUACCUUUUAAACUGUUCUUGGUUUAUUAAAAAGUUUUUUAUUAUUAUUAUGGUUUAACAUUUACUGUGACAUUUGUUUAUAGUGGUUUGUAGACAUUUUAAGUGUAGUAGGAGCCAAGAACAUAACCCACAGAUUUGGAUCCUGCUUUAACUUCUCACUGAUCUUAUUGCAUUACGGCUGUACUGUAAAUCUGCUCACUGUCAUUGAGUCCAUUCAUUUGGUUUAAUGUUACAUCUGACAGACUUCGUCCUUUUUGGAUUUUAAAGAUGGCUGAACCAUGGAAUGAAUGUUUCAUUGUGUUCAAUAUGCAAAAGUGACUGAACAAUUAAAGCCAUGCUAAUAUUUUGAAUUUUAUUUAUUUAUUUUUUUUUUCUAUUCAAAAUAGUGAGCAGCCAGCCUCCAGUUACAGCAUUGUCCAAUUUUCACCAGCAUUGGCUCUAUGUUCAUUUUAGUUAACCACUCAACUGCGUGGGUUAUCAGCAUUUGAGCACAGGUUUAGGUUAUCAACCUCACUAAAUGACAACACCUGGAGCCUGCAAAGCUAUAUGCCAAGAAAUAGUUCAAGCACUGAACUUUCCCUAAAACCACAAAUAGUCAUCUCUACAGUUCAUUUUGUUACAGAU